AUGACUCAAUUGGAAUUGGUGUACCUCAAAAAUGUUGUUCUUUACAUGACAAAUACGAGUGAUAUAAUAUUAUUCAUUUUUAUGAACAAAAAGUGCAAAGAUGUUGUCGACUCGAUGUAUAUUAAUCCAUACAAAUUGUCAUAUUACAAUUCUGUGGAAAAAAUACAGAAAUUGUUCCCAGCGCUUCAAACAUUAUAUUUGACAGACUUGAUCACCAAAAACAGAAAAUUGCAGACAGACGUGACACACCUUGAAAUCGACUUUUUGUCGUGUUCAAAAACUUUUUCUGUUUAUACAAUUCAAUCAAAAAACAUCAUUGAAAAAAUCAGAAAACUCCGAAUCAAAUUUUACAACUUGGACUGCUUAACAAGCGACGUAGAGA